UUUGCGCAGAAACAUUUAUCCAGUUCAACAUCGACUUCCGAGGUGUCUGGAUCACUAAUUUUAACUACAUUUUCUAGAAGGAUUAUCGGAAACGAAUUGUUUCUCUGGCAAAAGCAAUGAUACUGCUUCUGCUCCUCGGAGCUCAUCUUGUCUCUGCUGGAAAACACUCUCUGAGAUACUUCUACACUGGUGUGUCUGGAGUCAGUGACUUCCCAGAGUUCAUUUCAGCUGGUCUGCUUGAUGAUCAUCAGUUUGAUUACUUUGACAGCAACAUAAUGAAAGUUGUGCCGAAGACAGAGUGGAUCAGACAGAAUGAAGGAGCAGAUUACUGGGACAGUCAGACUCAGGGACUGAUUGGCUACCAUCAGGUCUACAAAAACAACAUCCAGGAAGCAAUGAAACGCUUCAACCAAACAUCAGGUGUGCACACAGUCCAGGUGAUGUACGGCUGUGAGUUUGAUGAUCAGACUGGAGAAACAAAUGGGUUUCGUCAAGAAGGUUAUGAUGGAGAGGACUUUCUGUAUCUGGAUCUGAAGGAGAUGAGAUGGAUUACUCCAGUGCAGGAAGGAUUCCCCUCUGUACAGAAGAUGAACAAUGACAGAGCUCUUCUUGAAGCUAGAAAACAUUACUUCAGCUUUGAGUGCAUCGAGUGGUUGCAGAAGUAUCUUCAGUAUGGAAAGAGCAGCCUGAAGAAAACAGUCUCUCCUCAGGUGUCUGUGCUGCAGAAGUCUUCCUCGUCUCCAGUCGUGUGUCAUGCUACAGGAUUUUAUCCCAAAGAAGUAACAAUCUCCUGGAUGAAGAAUGGACAAGAUCAUGAUGAGGAUGUGGAGGUUGGUGAACUUCUUCCUAAUGAGGACGGGACCUUUCAGAGAUCGAGCGGACUCAGAGUUACUCCUGAAGAGUGGAAGAAGAAUGAGUUCAUCUGUGUGGUGGAGCAUCAGGGUGAAACCAAGAUCGCAAAUGAGAUCAAGACUAACACAGGAGAUUCUCUUCCCAUCGUCAUCAUCGUUGGUGUUGGUGUUGCUGCUGUCCUCCUUUUGAUUGGGAUUGGUGUUGCUGGGUAUAAGGUCUAUCAGAAAAAGAAAGGUGAGAGAGACUCAGAUAAUAUUAUUAUCAUUAUUGACUACAUUUCAUGUUUUAUUUAAACAUUUGUGUCCUGA